AGCAGUCAUACUGUCAGAAUGAGGCAUGGAAGUGUAGAUUGCGUCACGGGGUGAGGACGCUAGUGGAAAUAAGAGAAUAUGAAUUAAGGGGCUCUGUUGCAAGCCUACCGGCCCAUGUUAUGCAGAUCCCCCAUCCCCCCCGUGUCUAACUCUCUCUUACUUCCUUUCCCUUUAGCUGUAUAGCCCUUGUGGUUUAGCGCUUCUUUUUUAUUAUAAUAAUAAAAUAAUUCCCUUCCCUUUAACAAAACUGGAUCACAUUGCUGUCGUAUCCAGUUUUGUCAAACAAUUAAAAUAUCUUUCCGUACCCUAGUGACACGUUUGUCUUCGUUUACUUACGUUUAUUGUAAGUUUUUAGCUAAGCAUUAUGAAAGCUAAAUAAUGAGGGCGAUGAAUAAUGCUCUUCACCUUUCAUAAGUUAUCCUGGAUUAAGUUCACAUUUUAUAACAUCUUUGUCAAUAAUAAUUAAGCGGUUAAGGUAAUUAGUGUAGCAAUCCUAAACAGUAGUUUCAAAAUAUUUAACCUGACCUGCAUAUAUUUCUUCUCUGGAGUGCGUGCAGUAAACGCGCUCUACAUGCUAAUCAACUCCGUAAGUUGUGUUGCGGAGUUGAGUGGAUCAUGAAUUGCAACGAGUGUUGGGAUACUCACCUAGCUAUUAUACUUACUAAGUUGUACUCGCCUAGUUGUGUUUGCAGGUGUCGAUUUAAAGCUCUUGGCCCGGCUCUUAACUCGUAUCAUUCGAUUUCACUGAUUUCUGGCCUCCAGAACUGAUCAUAUCUCCUCUUGAAGCUGUGUAUAGUGUUUACCUUCACCACCAGUUCAUUUAGCGCGUUCCUCAAACUCCUGAAAAUGAGAAAAUACUUCCCAUCGUUUCUAUGGCUCAUCAUCGUCUUAGCGGCCAUCCAUUUUCCUAGCUGCUGCUUCUCGUAUCUCAAACAGCCUAUCCAUAUCUAAUCCUCUGUGUAUUUUACAUGUGAUCAUAUAUUUUCCUGGGUCUUCCUUUCUUUUAAUGUGGUUAGAAUUCCUUAAAUCUCGUUUCAUCGUCCAUUCCUCCCAUAUUCGUGCACCAGUUUCGUUGCAAACUUAUGGACAGUCUCUGGUUUCUAUAGAUACUUGAUCAGUCAAGCAUGCAAAUCUUUAUUCAGGUACAUACACACAAGUAUGGAUUUUUACAACUGUCUCAUGUAGUUACAUAUGUAUAAAUUAAUCUAGUGUAGCCAAAUAAAAUUGGUGUUAAUUUCCGUUGGGGUUCCAUGUUGGCAUAGCAUAUUCCAAGAUUGUCCUGACCUACGUUGAGUAUAAUGUUCUAAAUUAAUAUAUUGUCCAAGUUCGCGAAAGUAAUUCUUAGGUUGGUAGGUGCUGAGCGUGUUGGUAGCGACCUUGAUGUUACUUGUAGCUGGCCUGCUUCUCACUGGCUUCAGCCGGUAGUGGUAGAUGGGUCAUGUUCACCCCCUGAAGGAAGUGGUAGUCGGGUCAUGUUCACCCACUGAAAGGAGUGGUAGCCGAGUCAUGUUCACCCUCUGGAGGGAGUGGUAGCCGGAUCAUGUUCACCCCCCUGAAGGGAGUGGUAGUCGGGUCAUGUUCACCCCCUGAAGGGAGUGGUAGUCGGGCCAUGCUCACCCCCUGAAAGGAGUGGUAACCGGGUCAUGUUUACUCCUGAAGGGAGUGGUAGUCGGAUCAUGUUUACCCCUUGAAAGUAGUGAUCACUGGAUUACCCGAUUGUGUUGAUCGCCACAUUAUAUUCACUUACGGUGAUGACCAUCGGAUCAUUGAGCUCAUCUGACGGUAGUGAUCGCUGGUCAUGUUUACCUUCAAGGGAGAUAUUGUGAUGCUGGUGAGGGGCUUUUGAUUCAAAAAAUUUGAGCUACUUUCCCCUUAGAUCGAAUCUGAUUGCCUUCCAUUUCUAGUGAACGAAGGUAGUAAGUAAACAUGCCCAACGUUUCACCUGUACCGAGGAGCUAUCCCUAGUCCUUAGAGCACGUGAUCUGAGGGUGUUACCAACCGAGCGACGAGCACCCUGUUUAUUCGACUGUCCAAGUAAGUUUAUUCAUGUAUUCACAAAUACAGUUACAUAGAUUAUCAAACAUAGCAGCAUAUGUGUAGAGAACUUAGGAUAACCCCCAAAAAGUCAGACAGAGCGACUUAUUUCCAUUUCGUAAAUAAAGAUACCUGUUACAUAUGUAUUUUACUCAUCUACUUGUCGGUAUUAUAUACCAUUGUUAUAAUGAUAGUGUGUUCCACAAUAAAUAUGUUGUAGACGUAGAUACUUCAGAUACAGGCAGAUUAGUGUUUGCUUCAGUUUCAUUAUAUUAAUGGUAUACAAUACCAACAAGUUGAAAAUAAGACAAACGUGCAACAGUUGGGAAUCUUUUUUGUUGAAACUUUUCUCCUGCUCAGCAGGCUUCAGUCGAAUGCAGAGGCGACAUAAAUAUUGGCGACAACAGAAACAGUUGAGAGGUAAAUAUGAGGUUAUCAAUCCCUCACUUUAAAGAAGUAAUUUCGAGGUGGGGGGGGGGAUCAGUCCCCAACCCUGAAAAGGAGGCUAAGGGGCUGAGUACCUCGUUGUUUCUUCUUCAGGGCUGAGGGACUGAUCACCUAGUGUUUAAGUCAAACAUGCUUCUGUUAUCUCCAAUAUUUAAGUCCCCUCUGUAUUCGACUGAAGAAACCUGCUGAGCAGGAGAAAUGUUUCGACAGUAAAGAUUCUUAACUGUUGCAUAUUUGUCUUACUCAUCUGUUUAAGUGAAUAUUAUAUAUUUAGAUACGUGAGAUACAGGUAGAUUAAUGAAUAUUGUAAGUAUAGAUACGUGAAAUAUAGGUAGACUGGUUUGUGGUACAGUGAAUACUGUUAUAAAUACGUAAUGUAUGGGUAAAUAUAAAUAUAAACACAUGAGAUAUAGGUAAAUUGGUGUAGGCUACAAUGAAAGAAUUAUUCUUCACUAUGUAAUUCAGAACUUUUUCUCCCAAUUGUAUUUCAUAUCUGUCUAACCUCAGUAACUUCCAGCGUUGUAAGUGAUGUAUUACGUAUUUAAAUAUGCAAUGUUACGAACAGGCAGUUUUGUAGAAAAAAUAAAAAUUGUGUUAUGACAGAAAGUGUAAGGUGAACGAUGGCUUGACAGUGUCAUGUUGAAGGACUGGUGUUAAUAUCGGUAAUUAUAUUACAGGAGAAUGAUUACCAACAGUGCCUACUUAUGAGACGGAGGUCACCGUAGUGCCACUUAGCUGGAGAGAUCACCGUCACGACGAGAGGGAAGGACGCCAUCACAACAGGUGGGAAGUUGGCCAUCAUCGUGGGAGUCGGGGGAUGCGGCACUAUGAGCGAACCACCACCCCUGCCACCAUCAUACGAGGAGGCCAUCCUGGGGCGACCACACGCCAUCGCUGCUCCUGUGGUCAUCCACCCAUACCCACCCACCACCUGCCUUCAUUAUUAUGUGUUUCAAGAGUCGUCGGCCCCUUCAGCGGUGCCUCAAGUGUUGUCGUACCCGGGUUCGCUUGCGUCUGCGGCUCCAACACUGCCCACUACGCUCUAUGAGUGGCGACGCUGUGGACUCGAUCUUAUUACCAACCUGCAUCAGGUCCACAUCAGCGCUCGUCUGGGUGACUCGUACAUCUUCACGGACAACAGUAAGAGUCUGCUCUACAGUGCUACUAUUGAGAUGGACACCCAGUGUAUAUGCUGCAGUGUGCCACGGGGUCCAGGUGUCACCUUCAAUCUCACCAGCAGGAGCGGCCAACACGUGCUGGUGGUGCACCGUGUUGCCACACACUCGUGCUUCUCAUUCAUGCAAAUGAGUCUGAGAGUAUGUAUCCCACCCGACUUGAUGCUGGGCACGGUGGAGGGCAACGAGGCUCACACCAUCCUCACCAACUCUUCUGGUGACAUUCUCUGUGAUGUUGAGCAAGAGGAAGUCUGUUGCUCGUGUAGACACCCACCUCACCAGGUUAUACCAUCUGGGUUUCCUCAUGAUACAGGCAGUAUAGCGGAAGCAAGCGACGGUUUGCUCAUCACUUUCCCUACAGUGCUGGACGUGCCCGCCCGCACCCUCUUAUUGUGUUGUGCGCUAAACUUGCAAUAUACACAAGAGAUGCAACAGUGGCGGCAAGCUGUCUCCUAACUAGCCACCAGGACAACUUUAAACUAUAAAAGAACUAGCGUUUGAUCCUUUUUUCUGUGAUAUUUAGCUUAAAAUAGUCUUUUGUAAUAAGGAAUCAUUGCUCAAAUGUAAAUAGUAACCUUGUUAAAAUACUUCUGCAUUACAAGAGUAUUGGUAAUGAAAAUUCAAAUGCGUAAAAUUAAAUAUUCAAAUAUUAAAGUGGUUGAAAAGCGUAGAAGGGAAACAAAAAAUAGUUCCUAACGGAACAGUACUAAUAUUGUAGGCAUAAUUUGAGUCGUAUCAUUUUUGUAUCUACUCGAAUGAUAUGUACACCAUGGAGCAGGCAAGCAUCUUAAAGACUGUUUUUUCCACUCAUUAUAUGGCGUGAGAGUGCAUUCAGGAAUAUAUGGUGUGUGAGUGCACUCAGGAAUAUAUGACGUGUGAGUACACUCUAAAUCUCAUAUCUGCAUAUAUAUACUAAGUGUGUAAAAGUGUGUUGAAUCCUUAUUUCUUGUUCUUAAGUGACAUGUUUCUCACGCACAUCCUUGUACCGAGAAAUAAAAUUUUAC